AUGCUGAUUGGAAAAACUUCAUCGGAGCUUCGUGACUUCAAUUCAGCACAAUAUCUACCGACUCCCUCCUCUCGUUUACUCACGAUGCGUUCCCUCACUGAAGAAGAGACCCGCACUCUCUUCACCAAGCUUGCUCACUACACCGGAAAGUCCCUUAACGCCCUGGUCACACCCGAUGAAGAUGGCAGACUCUCUGUUUUCAGACUUCAAGGCAGCCGUGUCUACUAUGUCGACAAGGAAUUGGCCAAUCUGAGCACCAGCAUUCCCAGAGAUCAGCUCCUGUCCAUGGGUACCCAAGUCGGAAAGUUCACAAAGACUGGCAAAUUCCGCCUCAACCUCACUUGCCUGGAUCUGAUCGCUGCCCACGCCCGCUACAAGAUCUACAUCAAAUCCAACGGAGUUAUGCCUUUCCUUUACGGUUCCAACGUUCUUCGCGCUCAUCUCUCCAAGUACUCCGAGGACAUGCCCGAGCACGCUGGAUGUGUUGUUGUUGAUGAGAACGAUGUUCCCCUUGGAUUCGGUGUGACCUCCCGCUCUAGCCAAGAGGCCAAGAAGCUUGAAGGUACCGGUGUUGUUGUCUUCAGACAAGCCGAUACUGGCGAAUACCUUCGUGAGGAGGACACCCUGUUCACCACCUAA